CCCUUAAGUUAGAGGAGGCAGAAAGGCAACAACCGCGAGGAAGGAGAAGUCAAGACGUCUGGAAAGAAUUACCCAGUCCUGGCUUCCAGCAGCCCAUUGAACCAGGGACUUGAACCAGCCCCAGCCAAAGACUUUCUCUCGAUUCUACGCUUCCUGGGUUCUGCUGAGUUUUCACCAGGCCUUUUUUUUCCCCCUCUUUCUUCUGCUUUUUUUUUUUUUUUAAUACAAAAAAGACUUUCCGAUAUUAGAAGAGGGGAACAAGAGCAAAAAAUAAAGUUCAUUUAUUUUUAAAGCACAGACAAAAUUUUCUUUUAAGAGUUAGAAGAUUGAAGUGCAACGGAAAUAUUAAGAAAACAUACCAGUGAUUUUUUUUUUAAUUGGGGGGAACCUAAAGAUUUAAGAUUCCCCUAUUCAUUUUAAAUGUUGUUUUUAAAUUUUUUAUUUUUUUUGGCCGGUCGCCUCAAAUUCAUCUGAUCUCCUAUUACCUCAGUUUUGGAAACUGCCCGCCACCGACCCUCCGGGACCACACAGACAGGCUGAGGACAACUUUAUGACCAAGAACUGAACAAGAUGCAUUGUGAGAGGUUUCUAUGUAUCCUGAGAAUAAUUGGAACCACACUUUUUGGAGUUUCUCUCCUCCUUGGAAUUACCGCUGCUUAUAUCGUUGGCUACCAAUUUAUCCAAACAGAUAAUUACUAUUUCUCUUUUGGGCUAUAUGGUGCCUUUUUAGCAUCACACCUUAUCAUCCAAAGCUUGUUUGCCUUUUUGGAGCACCGGAAAAUGAAAAAAUCUCUAGAAACCCCCAUUAAAUUGAACAAAACUGUCGCUCUUUGCAUCGCGGCCUAUCAAGAAGAUCCAGACUACUUGCGAAAGUGUUUGCAAUCUGUGAAAAGGCUAACCUACCCUGGAAUUAAAGUGGUCAUGGUCAUAGAUGGGAACUCGGAAGAUGACCUUUACAUGAUGGACAUCUUCAGUGAAGUCAUGGGCAGGGACAAUUCAGCCACUUAUAUCUGGAAGAACAACUUCCACGAAAAGGGCCCUGGUGAGACGGAUGAGUCACAUAAAGAAAGCUCCCAACAUGUCACCCAACUGGUCUUGUCCAACAAAAGUAUUUGCAUCAUGCAAAAAUGGGGUGGAAAAAGAGAAGUCAUGUACACGGCCUUCAGAGCUCUGGGACGAAGUGUGGAUUAUGUACAGGUUUGUGAUUCAGACACCAUGCUUGACCCUGCCUCAUCUGUGGAGAUGGUGAAAGUUUUAGAAGAAGACCCCAUGGUUGGAGGUGUCGGAGGAGAUGUCCAGAUUUUAAACAAGUAUGAUUCCUGGAUCUCCUUCCUCAGCAGUGUGAGAUACUGGAUGGCUUUUAACAUAGAAAGGGCCUGCCAGUCUUAUUUUGGAUGUGUCCAGUGCAUUAGUGGACCUCUGGGGAUGUACAGAAACUCCUUACUGCAUGAAUUUGUGGAAGACUGGUACAAUCAAGAGUUUAUGGGCAGCCAAUGUAGUUUUGGAGAUGACAGGCAUCUAACGAACCGAGUGCUGAGUCUGGGCUAUGCAACAAAAUACACAGCUCGGUCCAAGUGCCUUACUGAGACGCCUAUAGAAUAUCUCAGAUGGUUAAACCAGCAGACCCGUUGGAGCAAGUCCUACUUCCGAGAGUGGCUGUACAAUGCGAUGUGGUUUCAUAAGCAUCACUUGUGGAUGACCUAUGAGGCAGUUAUCACCGGGUUCUUCCCUUUCUUUCUCAUUGCCACAGUAAUCCAGCUCUUCUACAGGGGUAAAAUUUGGAACAUCCUCCUCUUCUUGUUAACUGUCCAGUUAGUAGGUCUCAUAAAAUCAUCCUUUGCCAGCUGCCUUAGAGGAAAUAUCGUCAUGGUCUUCAUGUCCCUCUACUCGGUGUUGUACAUGUCAAGUUUACUUCCCGCCAAGAUGUUUGCCAUUGCAACGAUAAACAAAGCUGGCUGGGGCACAUCUGGAAGGAAAACCAUCGUUGUGAAUUUCAUAGGACUCAUUCCAGUGUCAGUUUGGUUUACAAUCCUCCUGGGUGGUGUGAUUUUCACCAUUUAUAAGGAAUCUAAAAAGCCAUUCUCAGAAUCCAAACAGACAGUUUUAAUUGUUGGAACGUUGCUCUAUGCAUGCUAUUGGGUCAUGCUUUUGACACUGUAUGUGGUUCUCAUCAAUAAAUGUGGCCGGCGGAAGAAGGGACAACAGUACGACAUGGUGCUUGAUGUAUGAUCUUACAUUGUUUGAUGUUUGCAGUUACACUUGCAGACACACACAAAACCUUAGUUCCUCUAGGGACUGUACAGUAUUGUGGCAUCAGAUAAUGCCACCCAAGGAGACAUAUCACUGCUGCUGGGACUUGAACAAAGACAUUUUAUGGGUUUAUUUUAAUUCUGCCAAAGUCAAAUGAUACAUCAAGAAGAACUCAGAUUUAACCUGUUAUUUCUAGGAAAAUGGGAAGAAUUCUUUGUUUAUGCACUUUUUCCUUACUGUACAUCCGCCUAACAGUGUUUUGCCCUAUAUACCUCACUAGUCAUGCUUUAUGUGGGUUAUCAUGGAAGAAAAGGAUUUCGGAAACUCAAGGAAAAGUUCUUUCAACAUAUACAACCUAACUUAUGGACUGUGUCGAUAGCUAAUUUUUUUUUUUUUUUAAAGAAAGGUUUUUCUGUUUAACUCUACCAAAUGAAAUGCCAAAGGAAAUUUUACAGGCCAUUGGCUGUGCUGUAUUUUUAUAUAAUUGUACUGUGUUUUAAAAUUUUGUAUGCCAAUUUUAAAACAAAUUUUGCAUAUUUUAUAUUUUACUUCUCUGCCAAAAUACACCUGUUCUUCCUUUUUUUAAAAAAAAAAUGAAAUAAAAUAGGUUCUGAAAAAAUUCAUACUUAAAAAAAUCCUGCCCAAAAUGUGAAGCUUGGUUGACUGAUGUUGUUCAUGAUAGAAAGAAUAAAAUGUGUCUCUCUCUCUCUCUACCU